AAACUAGACACGUGAUUCAUAUCGUACCACAUACAAUUGCUUCUAUCCAUUUCUCAUUCUUCAAUCGUACACAUUUGAUUCCCAAAACAACACAACCACUUUCUUCAAUGCAGCACAUGUUAGCCAAGCAUCUCAACUAAACUUCAAACUCAUAUUUCAACACCAAAAACUGAUCACAAUUUCACACCCUCCAAUUUUUUUGAGUUUCUAGAAAUUGUUCAUUGCUCAUAGUCAUAGUCAUACUAUACAUAGUUACAUACCAUGACCCAAUGUUUCAGCUUGACGGAAACCAGAAACCGGUGCUACCGGUCAACGUUCACCGGGUCGGGUCUCCGGUCAACAAUAACCGACCUGAAAGAUGGAACCAUAAUGCAUUGCUGGGUUCCGGCGACGCGUAACGAGUCGAAACCGAACCUCCUCCUCGUCCACGGCCUGGGAGCCAACGCGCUGUGGCAAUGGGGCGACAUCAUCCGCCACUUGACACCCCACUUCAACGUGUAUGUCCCGGACCUCGUUUUCUUCGGCGGGUCAUACACGACCCGACCCGAGAGGGGUGAAGAGUUUCAGGCGGAGUGUGUGAUGAGGGUGUUGGAGGGGAGGCGCGUGGGGAAGAUGACGGUGGUGGGGUUGAGUUAUGGUGGGUUUGUGGUGUAUAGCUUGGCGGUGAAGUAUAGGGAGGUGGUGGAGAGAGUGGUGGUUUGUGGUUCAGGGGUGUGUUUGGAAGAGAGGGAUAUUAAGGAAGGGGUUUUUCCGGUGUGUGAUUUGGAAGAAGCUUGUAGCAUUUUGGUGCCGUUGACGCCGGCGAAGCUCCGGGAGCUUGUGAGGUAUGCGUUUUUUAGACCUCCUCCGGUGGCUUGGUUUCCCUCUUGCUUCCUCCAUGAUUUCAUUCAUGCAAUGUGUGUCGACUAUGUACAAGAAAAAAGAGAAUUGAUCCGAGCCAUUGCAAAGGAUCGAAAACUUUCUGACAUACCCAAGAUAUCUCAGCCUACAUUAAUUAUCUGGGGAGAACAUGAUCAAGUAUUCCCUUUAGAACUUGGUCACAGAUUGAAAAGGCAUAUAGGGGACAAUGCUCAAAUUGUGGUCCUUAAAAAUGCUGGGCAUGCUUUCAAUGUGGAAAAGGGUAAGGAAUUCUUCAGUGUCUUGAAGUCCUUUCUUGUGGAUUUGCAGUCACCUGCAGAGAGCUCACUUUCCAAGUGGCAAAAUAACAAUCCAGGGAGUGUCAAACCUGCAAAAGAGGACUUUAACACUCUACUUGUCAAGCUACAACAAACAAGAACUUCAUCAGAGACGACGCGUAAUUUGGAGCCAACCACUUUUGAUGUUUCAGUACCCCAUGGUAUUCAAAACAAUUCAAGGUGCAAAGUGAGGGUUAUGAGUCUUGAGAGUGAGAGUCCAGUGAAGGCUGAAGUAGACGAAGCUUAUGAAGGGGAAGAUGAGCAUGAGGAUUCACUCUCAAUCAAGAGGGAACUCUCUGAUUUUGAUCUCCAAGACCAGGAAGCUGUGGCAACGAAAAAAGAGCAUGAUUCAAUAGAUAAAGAGAUGAAGUAUCCCAACCAAGCUAGCAAUGAAUUGGAAGAGAGAAAUGAUAGAUACAACCAAAAGAGUGUGGAUAUAAUCCAAAGUGGACAUGUUAGUGAUCCUGGGAUUGUCAAGGCUGAUUUCGGGGCUUCUCCAAAGCUCAAGCGAUUCUGCUCUAACCUAGAAAAAGGGGAUUUACUGAAGAACACAACUCUACCCUUGCCUCUUUUAAACUCAGGGUCUUUUGAGGACUUUCAGGAAUUAUCAGCGAAUCCAAUGGUUAAACUAGAAAGGUCAAAGUCUGUGAUGAGUCACAUAAGUGCUGAUAGAGUGAUGUUGAAACAACAUUCUUUAAGUCAAAUACUCCCUUCUGGAAGUAGAAAAUUGUGGUGGAAGCUCUUCAUGUGGAGCCACAGAAAUAUCCAUAGAACUUUCUCUAGAAAUUCAUCACUUGUUCCUUCUAGUGCUGCUUUAAAUAGUAAAUGUGGGUACUCGUCGGACACCUUUGAACCUAAGCAAGGCAAGGCAUUGAGACAUGCGGAAUCAUCCGAGUCAAUUACUACAGAAACCUUCAACAAAAGCAGCAUUGGUAAAAAUAUUGAUGAUCAAAGGUGGAGUAGACAAAUUGAAAGUUCUAGUUUUCGGGCCGGCAACCAGUGGUUUGCUUUCUCAACAGAAUCAGAAUUUUCCUGGGUGGAUGCAUGGGUGAAAGAUCUUGAAAUUCAGCAACCAAUUCCUGAGGAUGAUUUGGAUUAUGGCAAUGCCAGAAGUAUUGUCUUCCCACCUACUCCUAAUGAGGGCCGAUCAAUGACAAGAAGCACAUCUCAGCUGAAUCAUCUAGAUGCAAAUCUCUCCAGAGAUAUUUUGAAUGCCAAUAGUUUGGUCCAGUGUCUAAAUCCGGCUUCAUCUGUUGCUCAUAUAUCCGAUGUUGGUAUAAAAGUCAUCCCUGCUAUUUCGCACUUGACUAAUCUUCGCUCUGUCAAUCUAUCAAACAAUUUCAUAGUGCACAUCUCACCAGGAUUUCUGCCGAAGUGUAUUCAUACACUUAAUUUGUCAAGAAACAAGAUCAGCACCCUUGAGGGCCUCAAAGAAUUAACCCGGUUGCGGGUGCUUGACUUAAGUUACAACCGCAUCUCAAGAAUUGGUCAAGGAUUGUCAAGUUGCAGACUCAUCAAAGAGCUAUACCUUGGGGGGAACAAGAUAAGUGAUAUUGAGGGGUUACACAGGCUAUUUAAGCUAACAGUUCUGGACUUGAGCUUCAACAAGAUCACGGCAAAAAAAGCAUUAGGCCAACUAGUGGCAAACUACAACUCACUUCAGGCCCUUAACCUGCUCGGAAAUCCCAUUCAAAGCAACAUGAGUGAUGACCAGUUAAGCAAGGCAGUGUCCAGUCUCCUUCCAAAGUUGGUGUACCUGAACAAGCAACCACUCAAGAGUCAGAGAGCACGCGAAAUAUUACCAGAUAAUGUUGCCAAAGCUGCACUUGGGAACAACAAGCGAGACUUUAGGAGAAGAUUGAGAGUUAGCCAAGGAGGACCAAUUUCCAGUAGAGGGCAUAGAAGUAGUGCAAUUGUUGCCCAGACCAGCAGGAAUCGGACAAGGAGGUGAAGCAAUAAUGCAUAGUUGCAUGUAAAAGCAACAACUCAUUGGAUAAUUGUUCUGUUUGGUCUUUUCAAUGUUUCAUUUAUUUAUAUCAUUAGAGAAAACAAAGCCUUAGGUGUUAAUUGUCCCUUGGUUUGUUUUAUGUUUUCAUGAUUGAGUCUUCAUUCUAUGCAACUUUACUGUGUGGAACUUGGUUUGUUCACCAUGAUCUUAUGAUUUCUAUGAGCAUUAAGCAAAUUGAUU